UUCCACGGCUAAAAACGGGGGCCGGGGGUGGUAUUUCACGGUUAGCGUUCCUGGGCCACGAAUGCUGAAACCCGUGAGAUGUGAAGCUAUUCCACCCUCCAGUUUCCAAAAUUUCCUCUAGAUUUUCCCAGGAGGAUCCCGCCGUCUCCCAUUCUGGGGAGAAGUAGUUAAAAUUAAGGCCAGCCCUGCAGGACUGCCAUGCCAGAUGCUGAGAGGCUGUCCCCAGAAAUAAGCUGGCUCCCACCGCGGCUGGGCGGGGCGGCGCGCCUCCUGGAAGGCCGGCCCCAGGGCAAGGGAUCUGGUCCCAAACUUUGAAAUCUUGCGCGGAGGCACUGCAUCCCGACCUCUCCUUUCCCAGCCACUCCUGGCGAGCCUUUCAAAAAAAAAAAAAAGUGUGCAGUUGUCUCCUCCCCGCCCAGCCCUAUCCUCGCCCAGGACCAGCUGUGCGGCGGGGACGCGGUCAGACCCGCGGCUGCAGCAGACCAAGCUGCGCUCUCCAUUUAGGCACCUUCAGCUUUCCGCCCGGCGCUGGGAGCACUUUGCAAAGUUGAGCAGCUCUUAAGCGCACGCUUGGCCUCUCGACUUCUCCCGCCCCGGUCCCAGGCGCCCCCGCCCCCCACGCUCCCUUCUACUGGGAGCAGCUCGUCCCAGCGGCUGGCAGCUUACACCACUUUCGGGUCCUCCGCCCCGAAGCGCGACCAUGCUAUUAAGGGGCAUCCUGCUGGCAGUGCAAGCCCUGCAGCUUGUCCGUGCCUUGGACCUGCCCGCUGGGUCCUGCGCCUUCGAAGAGAACACCUGUGGCUUUGACUCCGUGCUUGCGUUCCGGCCGUGGAUUUUAAAUGAGGAAGGCCAUUACAUUUAUGUGGACACCUCCUUUGCCAAGCAGGGGGAUAAAGCCCUGCUGCUAAGUUCUGACUUACAGGCUGAGGAAUGGAGCUGCCUCCGAUUGGUCUACCAGAUAGCCACGUCUUCAGGGUCUCCAUCAGAUCCCAGCCAGCUGAACCUCUACGUGAGAUUUGAAGAUGAAAGCUUUGAUCGAUUGCUUUGGUCAGCUAAUGAACCUUCGGACAGCUGGCUCAUCGCCAGCCUGGAUUUGCAAAACACUUCCAAGAAAUUCAAGGUUUUAAUAGAAGGUGUGCUGGGCCUGGGAAACACAGCCAGCAUUGCACUCUUUGAAAUCAAGAUGACAACCGGCUACUGUAUUGAAUGUGAUUUUGAAGAAAAUCAUCUCUGUGGCUUUGUGAACCGCUGGAACCCCAACGUGAACUGGUUUGUUGGAGGAGGCACUAGCCGGAAUUCCCACUCCGUUCUUCCCCAGGAUCACACAUUCAAGAAUGAACUGGGCCAUUACAUGUACGUGGACUCGGUUUACAUCAAGCACUUCCAGGAGGUGGCACAGCUCAUCUCCCCCGUGACCACAGCCCCCAUGUCUGGCUGCCUGUCGUUUUAUUACCAACUCCAGCAGGGGAAUGACAAUGUCUUCUCCCUGUAUUCUCGGGAUGUGACCGGCCUUUAUGAGGAGAUCUGGAAAACCAACAGCCCAGGGAAUCCUGCCUGGAACCUCGCUGAAGUGGAGUUCAGUGCCCCGUACCCCAUGGAGCUUAUUUUUGAAGUUGCUUUCAAUGGUCCCAACGGAGGAUAUGUUGCCCUGGACGAUAUUUCUUUCUCUCCUGUUCACUGCCAAAACCAGACAGAGCUUCCUUUCAGUGCCAUAGAAGCCAGCUGCAAUUUUGAGGAGGAUCUCUGCAACUUUUACCAAGAUAAAGAAGGUCCGGGCUGGGCCCGAGUGAAAGUAAAACCAAACAUGUAUCGGGCCGGGGACCACACUUCAGGCUUAGGGUAUUACUUGCUGGCCAACACGAAGUUUACGUCUCAGCCUGGCUACAUUGGAAGGCUCUACGGUCCCUCCCUGCAGGGAAACUUGCAGUAUUGUCUACGUUUUUAUUACGCCAUCUAUGGCUUCUUAAAAAUGAGUGACACUCUAGCUGUUUAUCUCUUUGAAGAGAACCACGUGGUUCAAGAGAAGAUCUGGUCUGUGCUGGAGUCCCCAAGGGGCGUUUGGAUGCAAGCGGAGAUCGCCUUUAAGAAGCCCAUGCCUGCCAAGGUGGUUUUCAUGAGCCUGUGCAAAAGUUUUUGGGACUGUGGACUUGUAGCCCUGGAUGACAUUGCAAUAGAAUUGGGAAGCUGCCGGUCUCCAGAGAAGCUUCGCCCUCCACCUGGAGAAUGUACCUUCGAACAAGACGAAUGUUCAUUUACUCAGGAGAGGAGAAACCGGAGCAGCUGGCACAGGAGGAGGGGAGAAACUCCCACCUCCUACACAGGACCUAAGGGAGACCACACGACUGGGGUAGGCUACUACAUGUACAUCGAGGCCUCCCAUAUGGUGUAUGGACAAAAGGCACACCUCUCAUCCGGGCCUCUGCGAGGAGUCGCUGGAAAACACUGCUUGGCCUUUUUCUACCACAUGUAUGGAGCAGGAACUGGCCUGCUGAGUGUUUAUUUGAAAAAAGAAGGUGACAGUGAAGAGUCCCUCUUAUGGAGAAGAAGAGGCGAACAGAGCAUUUCCUGGCUCCGCGCGCUGAUUGAAUACAGCUGUGAGAGGCAGCACCAGAUAAUUUUUGAGGCCAUUCGGGGAAUGUCAAUAAGAAGUGAUAUCGCCAUUGAUGAUGUUAAAUUCCAAGCAGGACCCUGUGCAGAAAUGGAAGAUAUAACUCAGCAGUCAUCAGGAUAUUUUGAGGAUUUAAAUGAAAUUGAAUAUUAAGAAAUAACCUGAAUUGGAUUAACUAAACAAAAGCAUUACCUCUUCAAUCAAAAUGAAAACAACACAAAUGAAUACUGGACAGUCUUAACUAUUUUAUAAGUUAUAAAAUGACGUCAGAGCACUCUUCUUCAUUACUUUUGCAAAAAAUACUGACUCAGGGCUUUUUUUUUUUCAUAUGACAACUGUUACUAGAAGUACAGGCUGCUGGUUUUGCAUAGAUCACUCAUCUUAAUUUUGGUACCAGUUAAAAACACAAAUGUACUAUACUCUCGUCAUUUUUAAAGCACACAAGUAAAAGGCACAAUCAGAAUGGGAUGUGCUCACUUAAAUCUGCAUUCAGUGAAUGUAUUGGGAGGAGAAGUCUGUGGGUUUCCAUUUGAAUUUCAAAUAUCAUAAUAUGUUUAAAGAAAUAAUGUGGGGUGUCAGUAAUAUCUGCAAAAUGAAUGCAAUUUUUAUGGUAACAAGUUAGCCUAAGAAUAUAAAGUUUUAUUUUCUGUUUUAUUCAUAGAAAUGGAGUUUUAAUUUUUAAAUAUUUUUACUACAUGUUAGAUAACAAAGGAUCUUUUAUGAGUGUCCCGGGUAACGUCAGUAUUAAUUAAUGCUGUAUUACAAGGCAAUGCUACCUUCUUCCCCACACCCUUUAAACUACUUUUGAAAGUUACUAUGAACACAUGGAUAGAAAUUGCACUCUUUUUUUAUAAAGCAAGCUUGAAAAUAAUUAUAUACACAUGCCCCAAAUUUUUUUAAGUGUGUUGAACAAUUUUACUGAUUUUUAUAACAAAUGUUUUAGAAAGGAUUUGAGUAAUAUAAAUGCCAGAAGAAAUAAUAAACUACUGCUUUUCAUGUUUAGAAAAUUGUAUAUACAUGUUUAUAUACCUAAACAGCUGUUAUGAAAUUAUAAGAUUACCUAAUAAAAGGUAAUUUGAAAAUCUUU